AUGAUGAAAAAGUAUGAGAUGAGUGAUCUUGGCUUGCUACAUCAUUUUCUUGGUAUUGAAGUUUAUCAAGAUGUAAAUGAAGUUUUUAUUUGUCAAAAGAGAUAUGCUGAAUAUAUCAUGAAAAAGCUUGGCAUGUAUGGCUGCAAACCUGUUGAUAUCUCCUUGGUGGUGAAUGAAAAAUUAAAAAAGGAAGAAGGUGGAAGAUUGGUAGAUACAAGCAUGUAUAGAAGCUUAGUUGGAAGCUUGUUUUAUCUUACAACUUCAAGACCUGAUUUGAUGUUUACUGCUACUUUACUCUCAAGAUUCAUGAGUAAACCAAAUCAUUUACAUCUUGAAGCAGUAAAAAGAGUUCUAAGAUAUAUCAUGGGAAACAUAGAGUAUGGAAUCAGAUUUGAGAAGAAUUCUAAGCUUGAAGCUAAAGGCUACUGUGAUAGUAAUUGGGCUGGAAGUGUUGAUGACAUGAAGAGCACUUCAGGUUAUGUUUUCAGCCUUGGUUCACGUGUGAUUUCUAGGUGCUCAAAGAAGCAAGAUACUAUGGCGCAAUCUUCAGCUGAAGCUGAGUAUUUAUCAGCUUGUUGCCUUCACAACAAGCACACUGGUUGA